GUUGACUCGACUUGACUUUGUAUUCAAAUUUUAACAAUAAUUGCUCAAUGGUAGGCAAGAAGCUUGUGAUUUUGUGCUACCACUUUACUUCAAUUCUUUCAUCUACUUUCGAACGUUUUUACAGGACUUCCAUCCGUGUGUUUGUGUCGGAGCAGCAACAAUAAGACAACGUAAAAGCCACAGACAACAAUUCUAGGACGGUCCUCGGCUGCCAAUAUGCUUACUAUGUUGCGAGCUGGCUCUCGGAGCGAUGGUGGCUCUGACUCUACCGAGGAAAUUGUAAGAGAUGGAUACCCCUAUUAUUUCAAGAAAAACAAUGGCCGCAUGGUCAUGGCGAGAAAGAUCUCUAAAAAUCAUGGAGGCAAGAAUUUUAGUUUGUUAGGUCAAACUUUCGGAAUUCACGAACCCAGGAGAAAAGCUUCUAUAGAAACCUUGAGGAAGAAGAAGAAACUGGCGCGUUUUCCUAUCCCACGACCUCCUUUUUCGACCGCGCACCCACCACAACACUUUCCCACAUAUGCACCACCACCAAUUCCCUAUGCGCCAACCAUCCCUCAACAGCCUUUUCCGAAUCCAAAUUUCUUUGCUCAGGCAAACCCUGGAUUUCCUCCUUUCUACCCUGUUUCUGGAUUUCCUGCGGCACCGGCACCGGCAACAGCACAGCAACCCAUGCGAUGGGCGUUUCCACCAAAGACAUCAAAGCCACCAGAUUUUGAAGAACUUCGAAAAGUAGAAUCUGAUUUUCUCCAGAGAGCAAAGUCAAAGUCAAAAAGAGACGGAAACAAUGAUGACCAUACAGAGAUAAAGACAACCACAACGACCGUCAUCACCAAGCAUAUCUGUGUCAGCUGCCAGAGAGAUCGUUCUUCUAAAUACCAUCUUGAAAAUCCAAUCAAGGCUGGCGAGACUCCUACUCCUGGGUUUUGUCGCAGGUGUCGCAGAAACGCUACUUCUACUAGUGGUUCAAGUAGCGAUGACAGUGAUGACAGUGAUUACAGUGGUUCGAAGAUUCAUAGUCAUAAAGGAAGAGGAAGAAGAAGAACAAAGGUGAAAGAUUCAAAGAAAAAUUACAGACGCAAACCCAUAUCUCGAGUUCGUUCUAUUGAGUUUUUGAGCCGAGAUAAUGAGAAAAGAGACAAUGUCCACUCUAACGACCAUCGGCAUGAAGUCGUCGUUGAGGAGGAAGUUACAUGCGAAAGUAACCCCGCACCUAAGGACCCAGCUCGACGAAGUGAGAACAACUCGAGACAGUCAGAGUCCAGAAGCUACACUCGUACUCGUGAAAGAGAUCCUUUUGAGGAAGACUCUACUGCAAGAGAAGAGCCAAAGUUGAGAAUAAAUAUCACAAAUCGGUCUUUAUCGGUCAGUCCGCCAUCAAUUGUCAAUGAAACCCGAGAAAAAUCAGUCCACUUUAACCAACCGACGAGAAGAGCAAACACUACUGCUCAAGCUGCCUCUCAAAAAGAUCUCCAUAAUUCAUACAGAUACGUUGAGCCACUUCAUUCUGCUACUCGCCACGAAUCUCUGCCAAGAUCUGUUCGUUUCUCAAAAGAAUCUCUCCCGAGCUUGCGCACAAAAGUUCAUUCUCAGAGGAGACGUUCUGAGCGUGCAUAUCCUGAGCGUACUUAUGAUCAUGAUAUCCAUGAGCAAGUACAUGAACAUGUUUCUCGUCGUCGCUCCGAUGAAGAUAUUAUCGUGGUUGAAACCGAAUAUGAACAACCUGAAUCACGGACUGGGCCAAGAAACCUGCCUCGCCGUCGCCCGCGCUCUUCUGACGAAGAUUUCAUUGUUGUCGAGACGGAACAUGAACUUCCAAGAUCCCGAACCGAAUCUAGACAUGAUCUAAGAAGACCACAGGAGAGACAUCGAAGUCCCCCACGUACCCCCAUCAGGACUCGAGAAACCUACAUUACUUCUGAAAUGGAUCGGCAUGGUAAUGAGACGCAGUAUAAGUGGACUACUACAAGCCGAACUAGUUCAAGCUUAAGCUCUUUGAUGAGUUCCAUGCCAAGUGUUCGGCGUACUUCUUCAGAUAUCCAUCAUCCUCCAAAUGCCCGUCACUCUCCAGAUUCUAGCGAAGAGUUUAAUAGAGCUUAUGAAAUGGCUCAUCAGAAUUUGCCAAACCCAGGACCUCGUCGUCGUCAACGUAGCUCAUUUAAAAGUUAUGGAAGUUUUAUGGAUGGCACCAAGACACCUCCUCGAGCACCAGAUCCACCAACUGAGAACGGUAUUUGGGAGCCUAGAAAUAUGCCCAGAAGUGGAAGUCGUUCAACUUCUCAGAUCAAUUUACCUCAAGUUCCUCAACAUCAAAGCACUCCUCGAAACAAGCAGGCAUGGGUGAAUGCAUCGGCAAUUGAUCAGCUUGGGCGAUGCUUGGAUCAAAAUCUAAAAUCACGGGUUCGUUCUCGAUCGUCUAAUUCUCAAUCUUCAGGCUCAAUGGUCACUCAAUCCGAUUCCUUCACAACAACAACAACAUCGGCAGGCCAAUAUGAACUUAGUGUUUCGGAUUCUACACGUUCAUCAAUGGUCCCUCAACCAGUCUCAAUCCACGAUACCACAGACAGUGGGAAUGAAGUUGAAUCCACUCUUGCCGCACCAAGUACAAAGGCAGUUCUUAAAAAGAAUCCAGCUAUUGAGCCUAGUCGUCGUCGUUAUGGACGUGCUGAGAUUACAAGUUCCAAAGUCGACGACAAUGGCCAUGUUAUCCGUUCAACUUCACAGAAGUACAGGGAUCAAAUUGGAAACUAUACAUCAUAUGUUGAGUACGGCAACGGAGCAGUGGUUGGUAGCGAAACAAAUCGUCUUAACGCCAAUAACCGCAAUCGAGAUGCUGCAGGUAAAGAUGAUAAUGCUACCAUCGUUGACGACGCUACAGAUCUGACUCUCCGAACAGUUCGUUCAAAGGCUGCUGUGCUUGAUCGUGUCAAGCUUCGACGCCGAGUAUCUUUUCAAGAGAACCCUGAGUAUUCGACUACUCCUAAACCAUCUAGAGAGAACUCUUGGGCCGAGACUACCGGUUAUGAUGCAGAGCAAUCAUAUGGUGGAAAUACCUACACCAAUGAUCAAUCUUGGGAUGCCAAUGCAGAUCAAUCCUAUAGUGCUACUACUAACGACCAUCAAUCAUGGGGAGCUCAAGCCACCGAAAAUAAAUCUUGGCGUGCCAAUACUAAGACCACUGGUGAUGACUUCUGGUCAAGUCCUAUAGAUACCGAGACCGUUCUUCCAGACAUAGGCGGUUACAGUGGUUUCGCUGGUGCCAAGUGCAAUCCCUUAGAUUUCAGCGGAGGCGCUUAUGCAUCUACUCCUACACCCAAGUCCAAAUCUGGUCCUGGAGGGAAUGGUAAAAUUGGUGGUGAUGGUAAUAAGAAGAAUAAGAAGAGAACUGAUGAUGUUGAUGAUGAUGAUGGCUGGGGUCCCAUCCCUACCUUUUCUUCUCUCAAUCUCUAAGCUCUUCUCAACAUUUCUUCACCUUAUUCUAAGACACUACAGCACAAACAAAUGGCUCGGCGAAUUGGGAAUCGGUCAACGGCGCACGAUCAUCGCUCAUAUUAUGAUACUCAUGCAUACACAUGCUUGCAAAAGAUAUACAAACGAAAGAUGUUUGGGUGUGUAAUUGUUCACAAUCAAUCAAUCGAUCACUCGCUUUCUUUUGAUUUUUCUCUCGAGUUCUCUUUCAUCUCUCCUUUGCUUUAAUUAUUUUUCUUUUAUUUUCUUUGGUUUAGGUUUAGGUUUCAUUGGCUUAGGUUCUAAUUUGAAUGGAGAUAGGAAGGCCGGCUUUGAAGGAGUUACAUCUACGGGCUAAUUUGAUUUGCAUUCGUCCUUUGUUUUUUCUUGCGUGCGAAGUUGACAGAGUUGGUUCUUUUACUUCUUUCCUUGAUUUCGUUUUUUCUUCUUUCUCACACUCUCUCUCAAAUUGAACGGAUACAUACAAUCGAGCCGUGGGAACACAGUACCAGUACCAACAACACAGACUACAAACUACAGACUACAGAUUACAAAAACCAGUCGUUCAACAAUCACAUCCAGUAUUCUACGAGAGAUUCUGAUCGGGUGUAUCAUGGGAUGCGCGGGGAGAUAUUUUAUGAGAGGGUUUACUUCGUUCCUUGACUUGCACGCUGGGAUACUGCAGGGGUUAAGAUGCACUUAUGGGGGUACGUUACGGGAUAAUGGAUAUGAAUAUGGAUACACAGACUUGGGGAUUUCGAGAAUGCAUGCAUGCAGUACUGCUAGCAGGUGGAUGUUAUGACUUAGGUUAUUUUAAUAAUUGCUACGAUUCGCUUAGGAAGGAAGGGACUUGGUGUUAUGAGACGAUAUAGAAAAAAUUGAAAAAGAUGAAUAAAAAAAAAGAUUA